AUGAAGAAAAUUCUGUAAAUUUAGCCAUUUUGCAAUUGCUAAAACAACAGCGGCGUGUACGGCCUAUAAAACCAUUGGUCUAAUUGAGCAGUCAUUAGUUGCUUGUUAUUGUCCAUUUGAGAGGCAUAUUCAUUGCUUGGAUUUUAAGUGACCAAAUGGCUUUAUCGUUCAAAUUAGUUCUGGCCGUUGGGCUAUUAUCAUCAGGAUUAUUAGCUAAGGAAACCAAGCAGCAACCCAAGAAGAGAGGUAUCUUUGAUUUGGGUUAUGGAGGAGGCUUUGAUGAUGAGUUAUCAGUUGGAGGGUAUGAAGAUCAUCAUCAUGAACCAAUAAUCACGCAUAAAACCAUCCCAUAUCCAGUAGAAAAACCCUACCCAGUCCCUGUUGAAAAGAAAGUGAUAGUACCUUAUCCAGUUAAAGUAGCUGUACCAGUUGAAAAACCAGUUCCUUACCCUGUUGAAAAGCCUUAUCCAGUUCCAGUUGAAAAACCUGUACCUUACCCCGUAUCAGUGGAAAAACCAUAUCCAGUACAUGUCCCAGUAAAGGUCCCUGUACCAGUACCCCAUCCAUAUCCCGUAGAGAAACCUGUACCGUAUCCAGUACAUAAAGAGGUGCCAUAUCCAGUAAAAGUACCAUAUGUUAUUGAGAAAAACGUACCAGUAUAUAUAAAACAUGAGGAGCAUCAUGGAUUUGGAGGUGGUGAAUUGUAUGACCAUCAUUUCUAAUAAUAAGCAUUGAGUUAAUUGUUUUUUUAUAUAUAUUUCUUUAUUGUAAUAUAUUUUUAUAUUGAA